UCUUCUAGGUCUAUGGUCCGCACGAAACAGUGAAAAGUCACGGUUCCUAGGACAAUAAAGGGGGACAAUAGCGGCUGUGACGGCGGUUGUAUUUUUAAUUUCGAAUGAGCAUUUGCAGCGUUAGCAUUUAAGGAACGAAAUAGUUGACAUAACCAAAGUAUCGGUGUUACAUUGCGUCGUCGGGAAAUAGCAUUCAUAUGGUGAUUUGUUGUCGUACAGGGAAAAAAAAAAAAAAGACAGCGCGUGAAAUAUGUAUUUUAAAUGUAACUAAAUCGGACGUGGACGUAUUUUAAUUUUAAUCUCGUCGAUUGCUUUUCGGCGUAACAGUUUAAUGCUAACGUCGGUAGCCAGUUAGCCGGGGUCUGGUUUAACACGAUGGACAGAGACGCCUACCACAACUGCUGCAGCCUUGUCAAAAUCCCGAGACAGUCCUACGAGCAGUUCUGGUCCUCUCAUUUUGUUGACUACAUAGACAAGGAGCUAAACUACUCUAAGUUUUUCAAGAAGUACUUGCUGCCUAAUCACCCGUGCAUGUUUUCUAAAAGGUUCACAGAGAACUGGAAGUGUAGGAAACAGUGGGUGACAGAGGAGGGGAAACCACAUUUUCAGAACCUGCUGCAAGAGUUUGAUGAGACUUCUGUCCCAGUUGCAAACUGCAAUGCAAAAGAAUACAAUGCAAACCCUAAACAAUUAAUGCCAUUUAAAGAAUUCAUACAUUACUGGAAGGAGUACAUCCAGAAUGGACACUCUUCACCCAAAGGAUGCCUCUAUCUUAAAGACUGGCAUAUGUCAAGGGAUUUUCCAGACCAUAAUGUUUACAUCACACCAAUAUUCUUUUCCUCCGAUUGGCUUAAUGAAUAUUGGGAUACACUGGAUGUGGAUGACUAUCGGUUCGUCUACAUGGGACCCAAAGGCUCAUGGACGCCGUUCCAUGCUGAUGUAUUCCGCUCAUACAGCUGGUCUGCAAAUAUCUGUGGGAGAAAAAAGUGGUUGCUCUAUCCUCCGGGUCAGGAGGACUUUCUACGAGACACCAAUGGAAACCUUCCGUAUGAUGUUACUUCAGCUGAACUCAAAGACAGAGGCCUUUUCCCACAGUUCGAAGAAGCAUGCCAGCCUCUUGAAAUUAUUCAAGAGGCUGGUGAAAUUAUUUUUGUGCCAAGCGGCUGGUUCCAUCAAGUUUACAAUCUGGAGGAUACUAUCUCCAUUAAUCAUAAUUGGCUUAAUGGCUGCAAUAUUGACAUCAUGUGGCAGUUCCUACAAAAUGAGCUGUCUUCUGUUCAAAAAGAGAUAGAGGAAUGGAGAAACACCAUGGAUUCAUGGCAUCAGCAUUGCCAGGUCAUUAUGAAAGCCUGCUCAGGCAUUGAUUACAGUGAAUUUGCCUCAUUUUUGAAGAUCGUUGCUGAAAAUCGGAUGGCCUUUUUGAAUGCCUGUUCCUCUGGUGAUUCCUCCGAUUACUCACGACAUCUCUCAGAGACCCUCACCACCCUUGGACCUUACCACGCAGCGUUUGACCUACAGAGAGUCGCUCACAUUAUCGAGUGCCUGAUGUGCAACGAGGACUUCAAACGUCUUGAUCAUUCAACGUCAAAUUUGCAACUAGAGACCAUGUUGCAACAGAUCAGAGACACUAUACAGGCCACUAGAGGGCAGCACCUCCUUUAUCAGGAAUAAUGUGUCCAUCUCAACAAAAUCCACAUUGAGUGAAAACUAUUAUAAUAAAGCAAAUGGGUUCACUGCUGUCUGAA